AUGGAACGCGGUUUAACACUCAGCCACCACAUCCCACUCUUACUUCCCCUUGCUGUAUCCAACUGUAGCUUACUUCCCCUUGCUGUAUCCAACUGUAACUUACUUGCCCUUGCUGUAUCCAACUGUAACUUAAUUCCCCUUGCUGUAUCCAACUGUAACUUAAUUCCCCUUGCUGUAUCCAACUGUAACUUACUUCCCUUUGCUGUAUCCAACUGUAGCUUACUUCCCCUUGCUGUAUCCAACUGUAACUUACUUGCCCUUGCUGUAUCCAACUGUAACUUACUUCCCCUUGCUGUAUCCAACUGUAACUUACUUGCCCUUGCUGUAUCCAACUGUAACUUACUUGCCCUUGCAGUAUCCAACUAUCGCUUACUUCUCCUUGCUGUAUCCAACUGUAACUUACUUGUCCUUGCUGUAUCCAACUAUAGCUUACUUCUCCUUGCUGUAUCCAACUGUAACUUACUUCCCCUUCCUGUAUCCAACUGUAGCUUACUUUUCCUUGCUGUAUCCAACUGUAACUUACUUGCCCUUGCUGUAUCCAACUGUAACUUACUUCCCCUUGCUGUAUCCAACUGUAGCUUACUUCUCCUUGCUGUAUCCAACUGUAACUUACUUGCCCUUGCUGUAUCCAACUGUAACUUACUUCCCCUUGCUGUAUCCAACUGUAGCUUACUUCCCCUUGCUGUAUCCAACUGUAACUUACUUCCCCUUGCUGUAUCCAACUGUAACAUACUUCCCCUUCCUGUAUCCAACUGUAACUUACUUCCCCUUGCUGUAUCCAACUGUAACAUACUUCCCCUUCCUGUAUCCAACUGUAGCUUACUUCUCCUUGCUGUAUCCAACUGUAACUUACUUGCCCUUGCUGUAUCCAACUGUAACUUACUUCCCCUUGCUGUAUCCAACUGUAGCUUACUUCUCCUUGCUGUAUCCAACUGUAACUUACUUGCCCUUGCUGUAUCCAACUGUAACUUACUUCCCCUUGCUGUAUUCAACUGUAACUUACUUCCCCUUGCUGUAUCCAACUGUAACUUACUUCCCCUUGCUGUAUCCAACUGUAACUUACUUCCCCUUGCUGUAUCCAACUGUAACUUACUUCCCCUUGCUGUAUCCAACUGUAACUUACUUGCCCUUGCUGUAUCCAACUGUAACUUACUUCUCCUUGCUGUAUCCAACUGUAACUUACUUCCCCUUGCUGAAUGCAACUGUAGCUUACUUGCCCUUGCUGUAUCCAACUGUAACUUACUUCCCCUUGCUGUAUUCAACUGUAGCUUACUUCCCCUUGCUGUAUCUAACUGCUUGUCUUUUUAUUAG